CUCGGGCGUCUUAGUGUGACUUGCAAGUUGGUGGGGCGCGUACUGAUAUCUGCCCUCGCUCUGCCCUCGCUCGCGCUAGGAUACUGACCGUUCCUUGUGGCCAGGUAGCGGUGUGAGGGGGCACUAUGGUGUGAGGGUUGGUGGAACCUUCUUGAUGAAGGGUUGUGGUACUGUUGGUGGGUUGUGAGUGUUGUAGAGGCCAGGGCAUCUCCGGUGCUAUGGCAGGACAUCUCAGGAGAACUGGUUCUCGCUACGGUGGGGCAGCAGGCAAUCGUGCCGCAGUCCUUCGAAAACAGAGCGUCAGGAAGAGCAUCAAGGAAGUCAACGCCUUCCGCUACUCUAGCUUCGUUGACCUUAUCUACUUCGGCUCCAAGAAUGAGGUGUGCAAGGCGCUGAACAAGACGCGGGGGCUGUACCAGCGGUGGGGAGAGCUACAGGAGGAAGGGGCCAUCGUCACCAGUAAGGAGGAGCUCGAUUGGACCAACACAGAGCUACGCAACGCCCUCAGGUCCAUAGAGUGGGACCUGGAGGACCUCGAGGAGACCAUAGGUAUUGUUGAGAAGAACCCAAGAAAGUUCAAGAUUGACAGUGGUGAGCUAGCAGCGAGGAGGACCUUCAUAGAGCACACAAAGGAGGAGGUCAAGUCCAUGAAAGAGCGGCUCAACCUUACCAAGAAGGACCGAGACGUUACAGCCAGACAGGUACCAGAAUCAGUUGGGCCAGUGGACGACAACAGCCCCCUCAAGAUGCCUCAGGUAGUAACCCAUGGGGCCACCCGCUACAGCCGCCUUGUUAAUGAGGCAGACAGUCCAAAUGGUGAAUUUAUUGAAAGAACUCUUGUUCAGCAACAGAUGAUCAUGAACCAGCAAGAUGGUCAGCUUGAUCAGAUAGCCUCAUCAAUGGGAACUCUCAAGAAUAUGUCUCGUCAAAUCGGCCAAGAGGUCGAUGAACAAGCUGUGAUGCUGGAUGAUUUUGGUCAUGAGAUGGAGAACACUCAGAGCAAGAUGGAGAAUACACUUAGUAAAAUGGCCAAAGUAAUGCACUUGUCAAAUGAUCGGCGUCAGUGGGCUGCAAUUGGUGCACUUUCAAGCGUCUUAGUUGUUGUCUUAAUUCUCUUCUUUGUACUUUGAAUUUAAUAUUGUAUAAAGGUAUCACAGAUAUGAUGUGGAAAAAUAUAUGAUUAUUUGUAUGGAACUAACACAAAUGUCUUUUAGGCAGUUAUUUAAAUGCUGUAGAACCCUAGUUGUUUGCACAGGUUUUGAAAAGAACUGUAUUAUUUCUCUAUAUUCAUUUUGGUUCAAAAUUUUGCGAAGUAAAAUGGAUAACCAAAAGCUAUAAUAGUCGAGCAUAUUUCUAGACAUAAAAACCGUUAAUUGAAACACUGUACUGUAUUCUGAAAAUCUUUUGAUCAAACUCGAGGGUUUUAAUAACACUGUAUGUAUAAAAGAUUUCUGCAUACACUAUAGCACAAGUUAUUAUAUUAUAAAAAUAUUUUUUUCCUUUUCCUUACUACAAUAAUUGGCUCUAGCCAGUCAGGAUAUGGGAAAUAUAUAUAAUUUGUUCUUGUUUAUUGAUGAAUCUUGGUUUAUUUUGUUAAUAGAAUGUAUAUUAAAUAUUUGAAUAAAUUCAAAAACAAAUUUUUCAACUAAUAAUUUUCAUGAAAGUCAAGAGACCAGAAUGGAAAGACCAUUUUUUUUCUUCAAAAUUUGCAGUUAUUUGCUUUUAUGAUAAAGAAUCUAAAUAAAACCUGUAUGGGCUCACAUAUUCUUUGCCAUAAUUUAUAUACUGUACAUGUCUACAAUACAGCUAUUAUUAAAAAAGUGAGUUUUGUAUGAGUCAUUCACCAUUUAGAUGCAUGUUCGUUAAACCUUGUGCAAAAGUAAGGGUUCUGCUAUACAAACCAUUUUUGAAGGAAUCUCCUCAGUAUAAGCUUACAGUCUUAGGCAGGGGAGUAUACUUAUUUUAUAAUGGAAAGUAUUGAACAGUUUAUUUGGAUAUGCUGGUUUGUACAGUGUAGCUUAAGUAUGAAGUAAUUUGUUAGGAAAUAGAUUUUUUAAUAGUUUUAGAUAUGAUAGAAUCUAGGGCCAUAUUAUGCAUCAUACUGAAGUAGUGACCCUGUUGUCUUCCUUUAUAAUUUGGUCCUAAAUUUGAUUCUUUGUCAAGUACAGUACUAGAAAUUAUAUAUUUAUAAGCGCUUUUUAAGAAUUUCCUUCAGAUUACCAAUCACUUAAGGUGAUUUAUACUUUUUUCAUUCUUUAGUGAGCAUGACUGCUACUACAGUGACUAAGUACAGUACAGUAAUUAUAAUUUCGCUUAGUAAUUUUUGAAAAUCACAUUUUACUUGUAUAUUUGUUCUCUCUCAUAUUUAAUCUAUAUCUAUUCAUUCUUUACAAAGGAUUCAUUGAAUAGUGUGCUAUUAUACAAUGUGAUUUUACUUAAUGAAAACUAUGAUAACAGUGCUUACUCACCAUUUACAUCAUCUAUUGGUAUAUGUAAUCUCUCAUAGCAGCAAUUACGGCUGUGCAGGACAAUAAGACCCUCGUCGUUGACGCGAUGAGUAUAAUUCGGUCAAAACCUGUUGAAUACACUUCACACAUAACAAUUGCUGAUACAUCAGAACACACAGUUUGAAUAAUAUGAUCAAUAACAGUACAUAAGUACACUUAUUAAAGUUAUAUAGAGUUCAGAGGAUUCGACAUUUCACACUCACAUUUUUGGGUCUAGGGUUAAGCCAACAAGAACAAAUAUAAUGUCCUGCAGGAAGAUGUUGGCUGACGAGAAUCAAGAUGUUGCCUCUACAGUAGAAGGCGAUAGUCUGCCCCUCAGGCAGUCACACAGCUGCUACCAACUCCAUCUUGCUUAGUAAGCUAUCUGAGUUGUAAAGUCUCUUCACUUAACAUGUGGCUGGCGAGCACAAUUGUGCAUGGCGAUAACACUACCCGUCAGGCUUCGCUCAAAAUCAAUGCCUACCAUUAGAUUCAAUCUCUCCGACCCCUUCCAACAGGCAGAGUCUCGUCGCUGGGCUUAUUAACACCGAGUCCUUUGUCUUUACUUUAACCCUUCGCACCAGGCCAGCUUUGCUCGGUAGUGCCUCUGGUACUCUCCCUAGCAUCCACUGACUCCUGGGGAGGGGUUUUGAAGAAUUUUUGUUGCUGAUGUAGUGUCAGGAGAUAUUCCUUUACCCGCCUCUUUCAAAAUUGGUCCGCGAUGAAUUGGGCAUGCUUCCAUUCGGUACGCUUCUGCCAUGGACCGAUCGCCUCCGGUGGGCAGUGUUUCCGGGUUCAUCCGUAGUAUGUGAAGCGGAUUUAUUGCUUCUAGAUCCUUUGGGUCGUCAGACACUGGGGUGAUGGGCCUUCCGUUGACGAUCUCUUUGACGGCGCAGAACAAAGUAUCAAGUCGUUCAUCGUCUAGUGUCUGGGCGCCCACCACUCCCCGGAGGACCUUCCUUACAUGGUGGAUUUGUUGCUCCCACACCCCACCCAUAUGAGAGGCUGUCGGGGGAUUGAACUGCCAUUCUAUCUGUUUUUGUAGGAGGGCACUCCCGACCUUGUCACUGUUGUUCCACCCGUUCACCGCCUCUCGUAAAGCUCCAAUCAUGUUGGUUCCCCUAUCCGACAGAAUACGCUUGGGAGGUCCCCUGCAUCAGGUGAAUCUUGUCAGGGCAUUGACAAACUAGUCGGUGUCUAGUAAGGUGAUGACUUCUAGGUGUAUGGCUCUGGUGGUCAGGCAGGUGAACAAGCAUCCCCAUCUCUUCGCCUGGGCUCAGCCGAAGCAAUCAAUUCCAGUGCAGGUGAACGGCCGGCCUCCUGGGCGCACUCGAUCUUCUGGCAAGUCAGCUUGGCAUUCAUGGGUAGGCCUCCAGUUGCUCCUCUGUCAUGUCACACAUGUCUGCAUUGUGUGGUCGAGUAAUUUGCAGCACUUAGGUAUCCAGUAUGUCUUGCGUAUUGUGGCAAGAGUGUGUUCUUGUCCUGAGUGUCCAGCUUGAGUCUAGUGUACCUCUCAAACGAUGAGCCCCGUGAUCUUGUUGUCCCUCGGCAACAGUAUGGGAUUCUUAUGGUCUGGGUGGAGAGCGAUAUGUUUCAGUCAGCUGCUUACUCUGAUCAAACCAUCCGUGUCUAGAUGAGGUUCCAGCCAACUCACGUUGCUACCUCUCACGGGUUGUCCCUGUUGUAACAUUCCUAGUUCUCGAGGGAAUCCUUUCCUUUGCAUAAAUCUUUAGACGGCCAAUUUUGCAUCUUCCAGUUCACUGACCUUGAACCAAUUUUCUCGGUGAUGUUUGUUCUUUUGCUUCCCAAGCCGCCAUUCUAUAAACCUUCUAAUCCACGCUACUCUCUCCAGAAGUUGAUGCCACGAGGAGUACCUGGCCCAAAGCUUAUCAAAGAUACCCUCCCCCUGGUCAGCACUGUGGUUUCCUUUUUCACCUCUGGGUCUCCAUCUGUGAGGUCUGGAAUCCUCAUUGGAAUCUUAGGCCAACUGUCUUCUUCCAACAAGAGGAAAGCAGGUCCCAGAAUCCACCUGCCUCCCUCGUUGAACUCUGCUCUAUGUAGUCCACGACUAGCGUAGUUGGCUGGGUUCAGUGCCGACUUCACGUGGCACCAAUGCUCUGGUAUAACUUAACAUAAAAGUUACAAUUUGCUUUCUUGAUGUUGUCAUGGAGUUCCCCAUAAUCUUGGAAUGUUCAUUGUUGCACAUACCUGGCAUGAAGGGUCCCACACACCCCCAAAGAGAUGUACUGUCAUUUGGUCAGUGGUGGGGGCAACCCUGACCGCUGGUUGUCCGUCCACCAUAAGAAUCGUAAGAUGUCUCGAUGUUCAGGUACUGCUCGCACUUGGUGGAACAUUGCCUCUAUAUCAGCCAUGAGUGCCACCUUUCCUUGUCUGAAUCUGAUGAGGACUCCCAUCAAUUUGUUGUUAAGGUCUGGCCCUUGCAUCACCUGGCUGUUCAAUAACAUCAACUCAUACACAGCUGCACAAUCAAAAACUAUUCUCACCUUUUCUAGGUUGUUGGGAUUCAACACAGGGUGCUGUGGGAGAUACCAGGUCUUCCCGGGCGCAACACUGAGUUCUUGAGGUGGGACUCGCUCAGCAUGUCCUGCGUCGAUCAGAAGUCUCAUCUCUUCUUGAUACCUCUGAUAGAGCCCUGGGUUCUUCAAGAAGCAUUUUCUCAAUCCUGCCAAUCACUGUUCAGCAAGCUUCUUAUUGUCUGGGAAUCCUGGUUCUUCAUGGCGAAACGGGAUGGGAUGUUGAUAGUGUCCGUCCACUUGAGUAAUUGGCGUUGACCGCUGCAUCAGAACUCUCUUGUCUUUGACAGAGACGGGAUCAUCAUUACUGUAGGUAGAGUCGCAUUCUCAGAAAUGCCCGACUUGUCUCAGAGUUCGGUGUUGCCAUUCUGACGAAGUGGUUGAUCACUGCAUAAUUACAGCUCACCGUUCCAAGCGGUCCAUUUAUAGUCCAGCCUAGAAGGGUGCAUGUUGCAAACGGUUCUCUGUCCUUCCCGGUCCUUACUUCUAACGGUGCUAGUGCGUGUGGUACAUUCAGACCUAUCAGGAGAUCCACUCUUUUCGGUGCUUGGCAUAGCGUAGUACCUCUGAGGUGUUCCCACAUGGUGAUGUCUUGGGUGUCUGUGACCGACGCUGUCAGAGAAGAUGGUAGAUUCUCAACAACAAUGACCUAGGACAGGGGUCACCAAACUUUUUUCACAGUGGGCCGGAUAACUGAAAGAAUGACGAGCGCGGGCCGCAUAAUCAUUCUGUUCAAUACUUGCAAGCCAGAACGAAAGCUCUGGUAACGUCAGAGCGUAGGCGGAGCUACCACGAGCCGGGGAAGGACUUGGGAUCCGGCCCGCGGGCCGUAGUUUGGUGACCCCUGACCUAGGGGAUAGUGAUGGAUUGGCUCUUCCUUACUCCUACGCUAGCCACUUUUUGACUGAUCUCUUCUGUGUUUACACUAUUUCUUUCUUUCAUGAUCGUGCCAAUGGAGAGGGAAACUGGCCUUCCCUCUGCCUGCAGCCAGUUAGCUAGGCUAAGCGUGCAGUAUGAUCGGUUGCUGCCUGAAUCCAAGAGAGCUCCGGUGACCAGUGGUCCUUUCGCCUCUUGGUUCUUCUCCUCCACCCUGACUUUCACUAUUAGAAGUGCGACUCUGCUGGACCCUUGUAGUCACAACUCUCAAUUGUUGGGUUCUUCACGCCGAUCACCACUUCCGUUGAUUGGUUAUGGUUUCGGUGAGCAAGCUUGAUGCUCGGAAGUACUUUCCCACUCCCCUUGGUGAGAUAUUCUCGGCUCCGGGGUUCAGGUGAACGCUGGGAGUCCUCUUGGAUUAUAUGGCAUUUCUUCAUCAGUUUCAGAGGAAGGUCAUGUCUUUGGUAGUGAUAACACCUUUCUGCGAUCUACUGUGCUGCCCUUACUUUGUAGUAGAUUCCUACCUUCGGUGAUAUUCUGCAUCAUCGCUGUCAUGUGAGCGAACAUCUGCCGCAUCUUUUGGUAUUGCUCAUAUAAUUGCCCUUCAAUCCCUUCGUCUGGUGGUUCCUUUCUCUUCUUUGGAGACAGGUUUAAUUCAUGGACGAGACGUCAGUUUAUACGUCGACAGUGUCUCCUUAUUCCAUGCCGGACAUGCUCCUCACUUCUGACUUGUUCCUUUCCAUGGCCAUGACUGCCAGAACAGUGAGCGUGAUCUGUCUUGCUCGAUGAAUGUAUGCAGUAACGCUUAGUAUCAGCUACUACUAACGGUAAUGCCCCACAAUCACUGAACUCACACAAGUGGAGGUGAUGUCACACUGAUGUGUGCCAUACGCACGAGUGAUGUCACAUUUACACAUGCCAUAUGUGUGAGUGAUGUCCCUCAAACACGUGACGUGCCAUACGCAUGAGUGAUGUCACACUAACACAACCAAAGAGACCCCACAAUCAAUGUAGAGACUCAUUAUGCAACUGAUGUCUCAAAUACUACUGCAGCGCCCUUACUUGCACAAGUUACUUAGCUGUCACAACAUUUAUUUUCUAACAGAAAGGUCACUUCACUCAUUCUUAUUUCUUAUUUAUACACACACACACACACACCAGCCUUCUUAAACUUGGCGAUCUAGUCUGGCUGUACGCUUUAAUCACUAUCUCUCCCGCAUGUUCCCAUGAAUGUUAUUGAAACUGAGGCCGCUCCUAUCUGAUAAGGGUCCUCGUGGCCUGUCCGUAAUGAAUGGUAACACUACCGUGCACUCGUCUGAACAAUUUUGGCACCGAGACCAGUCUUUUCUGACACCAGUUCUCGUGGUUGCCAGUGCAGCUAUCCGCAAUGAACACUAACACUCUCGCGCGCGCGAUCGUCCAAACAAUAUGGACAUGAAGUCCAGUCUUUUCUGACAUAGGUCCUCUUCUUACCACUCCAUACGAUGACAUGAUCCUCGGCAGCUCCCACGAUGGUCCUAUCCCACAUUUUAACUGAAAUCACUCACAGGAGCAAUUGUGGCUGUGCAGGACAAUAAGACCCUCGUUGUUGACACGAUGAGUAUAAUUCGGUCAAAACCUGUUGAAUACAUUUCACAUAUAACAACUGCUGAUACAUCAUGAUAUGCAGUUUGAAUAAUAUGAUCAAUAUUCAGUACAUAAAUACACUUAUUAAAGUUAUUUUAGAGUUCUCAGAGGAUUCGACAGUCCACAAUCACACUCAUGUUUUCGGGUCUAGGGUUAGACCAACGAGAACAAAUAUAAUAUCCUGCAGGAAGAUGUUGGCUGACGAGAAUCAAGAUGUUGCCUCUACAAUAGAAGGCGAUAGUCUGCCCCUCAGGCAGUCACACAGCUGCUACCAGCUCCAUCUCGCUUAGUAAGCUAUCUGAGUUGUAAACAGUCUCUUCACUUAGCAUGUGGCCGGCGUGCACAAUUGUGCGUGGCAAUAACAGUAUAAUGGGUCACAUAUAAAUAUCAUGUGGAAGCAUAUUAACUCAAUAGUUAAAUUCACAUUGAGAUUCAACAGAGCAAUAGUUAAAUUCACAUUGAGGUUCAGAGCUGAGGUCAAGAUAAAUAUAUUAUUGAAACUGCAGGGAACAAUCUGCAGUUAAAUUAAAAUUCUACCGUAUUAACUACCAGUAGCACUCAAAUAUUGUUCAACUUCAGAUAUCUUAAAAUAUUAGGUUCAUUAUUUUUGUGUUCUUGACCAAAAUCUUUAUAUGAAACACAAUUUACAUAAUUAACUUACUGAGUUAAAUACAGUAGCACUUUUAUUUACAAAUGGGAAAUUAUUUUUUGUAUACUAUACAGUACUCAUAAAAUAUUGUUCUGCCAAAAAUGACAUUACUGUAGUAAGUUUUAACUUAUAACAUUUAAAGGAAUUCAUAUUUAAUAGUAUAAUAGAGAGUAAUUUGAAAGCAAUACAUAACUGCAAUUUACAUCUAUUUUGAUCUAUAGAAAAAUUUCAUGUAGCAAGAAAACAAUGAGGGAGUAUGUAUGCAUGAGGUGAGCAAGACUGGAGGACCUUCUAUAGUUGAGGCGAUUGUAGACAAAUUUUUGAAUCGGUAACAAAAAUGUUUACUUGUGGCUGAUUAUUUAUUUGGCAUAACAAGAAGAAUAUGAUGUAUUUAGUCCUAAUGAGUUAACACUGCUUUCCUAGUUUACAGUAUACAGUAUAUUAUUGUAUGUUAAUUACCUACCCUAAUACCUUGUAAAUCCAUUUCAUCAUUACUUUUGUUACAUUUACAUGUGCUUUUAUGAAAGUCAUGUUUUAUAUGAAUGGAUAAUAAACUCCCACAAAAGAUAAUACUGUAUCUAGGGGGAAUCAUGCAAUUAAAUGGUGGCUGUAGUGCAAUAAAAUUAAUUGAUCAGUCUCAUUGGAUGAAAAAUAGAGCCAAAGAGACUAAUACAGUACACUUAUGAUUUUCUUUUUUUAACUGUACAUACAGUAUGUUUAAGGUUACAAUACAGCCGAUGGUAUUUCUUAUAUUUUUUUCUCCGUGUGUUUGCAUUAAUCAAUACAAUGUUGCUAGAGAAGUUUUUCUCAAGUUUCUUGGGCUUAUCAAUUUCAAAUAUGACUACUGUAUAGUCUGCAGAAUAAAAAUUUAUUUCAUGUAUACUGUGCAUACAGUACAACCUUGGAAAUCAAUGAGUGUUGGGAUUUGGAAUCUGCCAGAUCUGUGAAUUUUUCAGGAUCUCCUCAUAUGACCCUCUAAAAGCCAAAGAGCAUUCUUAUGCUUAAAUUCCGAUGGUAAAUUGUGGUUUAGUUUAUUAGUGCACAGAUAUUAAGCAGAAUUUUCAGGUGAAGAGUUUAAGCAUGUGAAAAUAGGUGAAAUAGUUGUAUGUCGUGGCAAGAUGAUAUAUUGUGUUCAAUUAAUGAUGUAUGUUAUGUGAUUAUUUUAAUGUAAUUCGACUUAAUAGCAGUGCUCAACAAAAUCAAACAUAUUCCUGAAACAGUGUGCUGACAGGCUGAUGUCUCCCUCCCUUAAGUAGUUUCAACUUUGGGGGUUUUCUUUCAAUUACCCCUGUACUUUAAUUGGUUGUAAAAUUUUACAAUAAUCAGAUAUUUACAAUUAUUUUAAUGUGAUUUCUGAUAAAUAAAUUAUAUGGCUGCACCAUAAUUUUUAACAUAAAAUGAACCAUAUUUCAGUAAAUUGUGAAAAUGUAGUGAGACUGUAUACAGUAUUUUAAGCAUCUCUCAGCUAUUUUAUUUUUUCUAUACUGUACAGGCCUGCACUAUAAGAGGUCAUUAUACCAUAACAUGGUUCCAAUAAACAUUCAUUCUUGAUAGUGCUGUUUUUUUACUUGUAAGCCAUAUACUAUUCCAGUAAAAGGGCUUCAUUGGGUCUCGGUAACAACACUAAUAAUGAGUCGGUACUGUACUAUUGUUGUUUUUUUGGUUACAGUACAAGCUCCGCCCCCAUGCAGCUCAUUGGCCGAUACAUAAUGUUUGAUUAAUAUUCAUAUACAGUAUUGCAAAUAAAUACAUAUACUUGUAUAACUGUUAAGGAUACCCAGUUCUGUCUGGUUCAUUUUUAUGCUGAAUUUGGCUUACAGAAGUAGCAAAGGUUGGCUUUCAUACUAUAUGACUGAAUCAUAUCUCUGUUGACAAUUAAAUCAUGAGCGAAAUACCUAAGAUACAAAUAUCAAUGCUGUUUUUUUUUUUUUUAAGCUAGUACAAGUAAUCCAUAAAAUCAGAGCAAGCUGUCACUUUUUUCUCCCCUCAUAUGUGCUGGUUUCCUAACACUCAUAUAUAACUGAUUUCCAAGGUUUUGCUGUAUAUUUGUUCUUUUUCUUUUAAUAAAUAGUAGAUGGCUGUAUUGUCAGUUUCAUCUUUGGACAGUUCAAUUAAGUUUAUGUAGUAAAACUUUUUAUGUAUCAUUCACAUUCUUUAUGGUGCCAAUCUCAGUCAUGAAUUAUCAGUUUAUAUAUUGUCAUUAUCAGCAAUUAUUUCAACAUUCCAGAGUUUUAUGUUUAUGGUGUGAAGUUUUUUGGCCCAAAUGGCAGCUCAUCAUUUACAAAAUUGAUAGUAUUCACCUAUUAAUGUAAGGAGGCUUAAUAUCAGCUGUUUCUCAUCAAAUAUUCCAAUAGAGGACAGUUGUCCUGCAAUGGCUUUUAGAUUGAAUUUUAGCUUCUAACAACACAAACUACUACUUCAGUUAGAAGUUUAGUAGUCCAGGAUCAACUUCAUACUGUGGCAUGCUAUUGCAUAUAAGCAAAGAAAUGCAUGCCUCAACUUAUUACAUACCCAGGACUGAGCCCAGCCUUUUGAAUUUUAAACAUUUGUAAUGACUAGGACAUCGUGCACAGUGACCCAUCGAAUGAUCUCAUCAGACCACAAUUAGUGUGAUACUCCAGCCAAAAAUCUUAAACCCCAUGAUGGUGAAAAUGUAUGUGCACAUAAAGAUGGACUGAUUUCAUGAGUGCACCAAAACCCUUCUACAGUACUUGAUAUCAGUGAGACUACAACCAAGAUGUUUGUUUACCCACGACUUAUCUUGACUUACAGCCUUGACCUGAACUCGUUUCAGUUUAUACACGUUGUAUGGCUAUUGUUUUUAAGAUCAGUCUUUUCUUAAUUUUGAACUCUUUAUGUGAUUUAACAAGUUAUGGUACUGACCAAAGUUAAGACAGGCAGAUAAACCAACUCUUGGCAUGGUGCUAGUUACUACUACACUCUGAACUGAGAAAAUGUUAAGCCUUUUGAAAAUGCAUCUUUGGACCACUCUGUGAAAUACUGUAUAUUUUUAAUUUUUCUUUACAUGUAGUGUUCCUCACCAGUUCUCAGUGCAAAAAAUAUCUAGUAUAAUGAUAUUCAACAAGUACGGUACAUGGUUACUGUAUGAACUGUGGACAUAGGCGCUUAUUCUUUAUUUGUAAUUUAAAAACAUUUACAAAAGCAAAGAACAGGUUUUGUAGAUCUGUAUGGUAAAACUUUAAGAAUUUGGCAAGUUAAUUUUUUAAGAUGUACUUGAAUUGCAAAUUGACCUAACCAUAGUUUGAUGAAAUCUUCCUCUAGUACAAUGUAGCUGCACAGACAAUUUACUUUUUUCAGAGUUCAAUUUAUACUUUACUUUAUAUUGUUAUUUCACUGAUCUUUUACUCAUAAAUUAACCAAUCCUGGGAAUUAACUAUCUUGUGAUGCUCUGUGUGAAGUAUCUUUUAGCUCGGUUUAAUUUAGAUUUAUAUAUACUGUAUAUGCUAUGCAGAGAAAUGCCGGUAAAAAAUAUAAUUUUGAAUGAUGACAAUUUGCCACUAUGUGUCAAGUUACGCAGAUCUCUGAUCAAGAUUGUAUAUUGUACACCGUAAAUAAAGUACAUUCAAAUAUGGUUACUUAA